AUGCCCAAAAGCAUCAAAGGGUCCCGGGGAAACCCUCCCAGUUCCGUACAGAGUCAGCUUGCGUUCGGGGCUAAGUCUAGCCUCCGUCCUGGCUUGUCCUCGGACAGAGAUGCGCUUGCCACCCAGCCACCCGGGAUCUUCGAGAGCACGGAACAGGUUUUAUAUGAAAACCCUGUGCAAACCGGCCAAGACACAAUCGGACCGGCCCUGCAAAAACAAUACGAUCAACAAACGGGCCCUCACAGUAAUCCUUGGGACGCAGUCGAUGUGAAUAACUUGGAGAAUGGCGACAUCGACGCUCGGAGUGACGGAAGCAGCGAAAGCGAUCUGUUCGUUCCGCAGGAUACUGAAAUCAAAAGCGAGGAUGAGCGUAACGGCGACCACAUCAACAACGGUGCCGAAGAGGAAGCGCCUACCAACGAUGAUGGCCGCUCUGGUUCUGAGGAAUACGGUCGUGCAGAGGACCACACCAGCGACGAGUACAGUGACCUUUUCGGGGACGACAGCCAAAUUGUCGACAACGGAGAUCAAGCAGGGGGGCGUCGGCAUGAUCAGCUUCAAGUUCAAGCUCAGUUAGACAAGGACAAUGACAACGACUACAUGGUUGUCGAAGCCAAAGAUAUUCCCGCCGACAUCAACGCCAAAUUUUCCGAAUUUCAGUUCGGCACCUUUCCCCAGGCGGCAGGUGAUCUUAUCUGCACUGGUUCAAGGCAGAUCAAGAUUGAAGACCCCGACCACGACUUUCUCGUUCCCGACUCCGACUAUGACGCCGAUCCCGAUUUUGAGAUGGAUGAGGACGAUGUUUUGUCUGAUGGCGAGAGGCCUAGGAAGCGUCGUCGGGCUCCCCCCAAGGGUCCGGGGAAAGGAGAGGAAACACUUCCCUUAGGCCCGACACAGGCGAUAACUGGUGGUGUUCCGGACGACGGCGACAAAGGAGAGUCACAAGAGCCAACUGAUGAUGAACUCUUGAAGAUGUAUACGCAACAGGAUGAACUGAACGCUCUGAAAACCCAACGCAACCUCACUUUUCUAGAAAGAAUCACCUUAGCUCAAGUCACUUCAAGGAUCGCUACCGUGGAGAAAAUGGCAUCUCAGCAGACAGAAACGCCAACUCUCGUACCACCAGCUAGCACAGACGACAAAAAGGCACGCAGACCAGCAAAGACAGCUCAGGAGUAUUGGGAGCGCGAAUACGCUGAAAAAGGCUCGGGGAUACGCAACAUGGUUGAGGCAACGAAGCGAAAACGAGCGACCAACAAGACGAAGAAAGGGAACCAGGGCGAGCCAGGCGGCGCCAUGGAACGCAAAUUUCUGGGCAUGCUAGGAGACGUCAACCCCAUCAUGGCGAGAGCGGCGCAGGGCAAGAUGGAGAUGCCUGGGCCAAUCCAAGCAACGACCAGAAACGAUCAAAUCAAGGCCAUGAAAGAUUUUCUUUUCAGGGUAACGGGGAACCCAGGCCAGCGUCUCAAGACUGAUGACCAGCGGCUGCUAGAGAAAGCUGCGGCAUCCUUUGGCCACUGCCAAGUCAGAGCUUCGGACAGUAAAUGGAGGUUGGCAGGGAACAGAAUGAUCUCAACCCUGUAUAACCAUCAGCUGGUUGGGGUCUCUUGGAUGCUCGGUCAGGAGUAUUCCCCGAAUGGCCCGUAUGGAGGUAUUCUGGCAGACCAGAUGGGCUUGGGCAAAACAGUCCAAGUACUGGCUACCAUGUCGGUCAACCGCCCAACACAAGAAGACGUCAAGGCAGGCUGCCAUCAGACCCUAAUAGUCGCUCCGGCAACUGCACUUAACCAGUGGGAGCGGGAAAUUACCAAGCACUGCGACAAGUCCUUCAUAAGGCUGGUACACCACUACCGAGCCGCUCAGAAAAUCAAGCCAGAAAUGUGGACAAUGGCGGACGUCAUUCUCGUGAGCUUCAACGAAAUUAUAAACGCAAUGCCAUCCAACAAAGUGUUGAAGCAACUUGCAGGGAAGAAGCGAGAUGGCGAGGAAUGGCAAGAAGAGUACGACCAGGCCCUGGGCGAGCUCCUCAAACAUCGGUUUUUCCGCGUGGUGCUGGACGAAGGCCAUGCGAUUCGCAACAACUAUACAAAGACGGCAAAGGCCUGCUUUAACCUGACAAGCAAGUACCGGUGGAUAUUGACUGGGACGCCGGUGCAUAACUCUAUUCACGUGGCCUAUUCAGGACGACGUCAGGGAGAGGUUGGAUGUGGUAAUUCGAAGCAGCAUGCUCCGGAGGCAGUAGCCCACCCGUUUCUUCUCGAAGGCGUCUUCAAGCACAACUUUACUCUGGAAGAUUUCAACUACAUCCGGAAACAGCUCUCAAUCAUCGGUGGCAAGACACCGAUGCACCUUCAAAUCCGGAGGUGGGUUGAUAUGGAGUACGGCCUCCACCUCGGGGCCGCGGGAGCCGGCUCAGAAAUAUUUGGGCAAAGUCAGUUUGGCUACGCCUUUGACAUGGACGCGGAGCUUGAAGAAUUGGAGGCCGGGAAGUCCAUGGAGGAGGUGAUCUGCCGUCUUUGCUCCGAGAUUCCCGUCAACCCUCAGAUAACCGAGUGCGGACACACCUUUUGCGCAGAGUGCAUCGAAGGCGCCUUGCACGUCAGGGAAUGCUGCCCCACCUGCAAUACUGUGCUUUGGAAGUUGAGUGUCCUUCGAGAACCGGACAGGAUACUUGGGGUGCAAGUGGACGAUGGUAACGACGCCCCCAAAGCCAAGAAGAAGCGGAAGAAGACGGAAGAGGACCGCGAAGUUGGUGACGACAGCAACCUGGCCCAGCCUAAGAUGAAGGACAGCUCCAAAUGGGUGGAACAAUACGACAAAUGCUAUCCCAACAAAAGACUGUUGGGUAGCGCCAAGACGAUCGUCGUCAAGAACCAGAUCUUGAAGUGGCAGAAGGAGGCCCCUGAUGACAAGAUUAUCGUCUUUGUCAACUGGGCCAAACUAGCUUGUAUCAUCGGCCGAAUGCUGCAAGAAGAGAAGAUCCCAUUUCUUUACUACUUUGGCGACUUGACCAAAGAUCAGAAGGAAGCCGCAAUUCUCAACUUCCAGGAGAAGCCCAACAUCAAAGUUCUGAUCGCAUCCGCCCGCUGCGGCGGUCAAGCACUCAACCUCAACUUUGCCAACCGGGUGAUCUCUGUCGAUCAGUGGUGGAACAGGGCGAUGGAAGACCAAGCAUUUGGCCGAGUGCAUCGCAUUGGCCAACAGAAGGAAACCUACUUCACCAAAAUCAUUGUCCGGGACAGCAUUGACGAGAUGUUGCUAAACACGCAAGAUGCAAAAGAGAAGCGUAUUUCCGACGUGUUCAAAGAGGGUGUUGACCGCAGGGAAAUGCCCACUCUAGAGGAGCUGAUCAAGCUUUUUGGGCUUGACAAUGACGGAAACUACACGGAUAAAGCCACUCAGGAGGAGGGAGGUGCAAGGUAG